AUGUUCUCCCUGUCCAUGAUGGUGGGACUGAUCCCCAUAGUGUCUCUGUUUGGUUUGUUUUACUCUGCCGCUGUGGAUGACAACUUCCCACAGGGCUGCACCAGCAGCACCAGUCUGUGUUUCUACAGCCUGCUGUUGCCAGUCACAAUCCCCGUCUACGUCUUCUUCCACCUCUGGAGCUGGAUGGGGAUCAAACUCUUCAGACAUAACUAGACUGUUCUCAGAAAUGUUCACAGAAGUACUGAUGCUGUAAUAAAGCUCUUCUUAGCA